AUGACAGCUGGACAGGCUCACGGAUCACAGUAAACAAGCCAACCUGGUUCUCUUUCUCAGGUUUCAGAGGGCAGAGUUGCUGCUUUAAUGAUGAUGGCUGAAGACUGUGUAUCAGUCUCCAAAGACCCCGAAGGCUCUGGAACAUCCACAGCAGAAACCACCUCUAUUAAAGACAUAGAACAGCUCUUGAAUUCUGGGAGCCCUUCCUGUAAUCAUGCUGAUGAAGUAUGGCCUAAUCUUUUCUUAGGAGAUCAUGUUGCAGCCCACAGCAGAUUUGAUUUGUGGAAAAUGGGCAUUAGCCAUGUUUUAAAUGCUGCUCAUGGCACAAUAUAUUGCCAAGAACCCCAUGACUUUUAUGGCACUACUAUUGAAUACCAUGGUGUACCAGCUCAUGACCUUCCUGGUUUUGACAUCAGUCCAUAUUUCUACUCAGCAGCAGAAUUUAUACACAAAGCCUUGACUACACCAGGAGGCAAGAUCUUCGUGCACUGUGCAUUUGGGAUAAGCCGGUCAUCUUCCUUGGUGCUGGCAUACCUCAUGAUCUACCAUAAUUUCUCUUUGAUUGAAGCAAUUCAGACAGUGAAAGAGCAUCGGUGGAUUUUCCCUAAUCGAGGGUUUCUGAAACAACUGAGAAAUUUGGAUGUUCAGCUAAGAAAACAUUAAGCUAAAGAGGAAAAAAUAAACAAACCCUUGAUAAUCAGGAAAACAGUAUUUUUAAGCCUUGUUCUAAAUGUCAUAGAAUGUUUUCAUUAAAAUUUGUUCUUCAUAUUAAUUCCCUAGGUUUUCAAACAACAACCAGUACAUGCUGGUAACUAUAUCUGCAGAAAUUAUUUUAUAUAAUACAAUUUAUGCUACAGUGGUAAUUUUGCCUUAUUUUAGGCUUUUUUGUGG